UCCAAUAGUCAAUCAUGAAAAAAUGAAACCAAAAUAGAAAAACCAUUUUGAAAUUUAAACAAUUUUCCAAAGCGGGAACCCAAUAAGAGAAAAAAAAAAUUAAAAAAAAAUAUGAUGAAAUAGGAAAUGGAUCACCGGAAAAGGAAAACACCGUUUGACGAUUCGCCAUGAUUUCCCAAAUUCUCGGCAAACAACGUUUCACCUUUCCGAGAACAACGAAGCUAUAAAUCAAACUCACUCCAACGUUGUUCUCACCACACUCUCACUCUCUCUCUCUCUAAACCCUAAACCCUUUCUCUCUCUACUCUCAUCAUGGCUGUGGGUUCCAUUCCGAUUGCCAACGGCGCCGGCAGCGGCGGAGCUGAUGUUCCGAGCUCCUCUGGGCUCAAAAACCCCGCCGUGAAGCCGCCAAUGCCGCAGCGGAGAACCAGUCUUCGAAUCCAAGCUCUGCAGAUUGCCACUCAGGCUCGCCGCAACGCAGAGCUUGAACAAGACAAAGGGAAGAGACCCGCCGAGACGGUGGCUCCGGCGGCAGCUGCUAAGGUGAACAAGCGAGGCCGAGCUAGCAGCAAGGAGCAGAGUGUGGGUGAGGCAGAGGCAGAGGAUGUUUCGGAGCAGCAGAGGAAGAGGAAGAUGAAGAUGAAGAUGAAGAUGAAGAUGAAGAUGGUUGAGGGUGAUGGAGACGAUGUUUCGGUGGAUUUGGGAAAUGAGACUGAUACUGACACCUGUUCCCCUCAGGUGAAGGAGACGAUCAGGGUGUAUACCAAGCACUACCUUCAUUUUGUUCAGGAAGAGGAGAGGAGGUGUACUAAAGCGAAAGCUAUUCGCGACGCGUUGAGGAAAUCCGGGGAGCCUGUUCCGCCGGAAGCUUUGAAGAUCACAAUGUCGCGAGCUGAUCUCAAAGCUAUAACCCAUAUGAAGGAAAACAAUGAGAUAUUGUUCCCUGAGAAACGAAUCGGCGAAAUUCCAGGUGUUCACGUUGGACAUCAGUUCCAUUCUCGAGCUGAAAUGGUUGCUGUUGGUUUUCAUAACCACUGGUUGAAUGGCAUUGAUUUUAUAGGCCAAUCCUGUUCUAAUGUCCACAGCAGCAGCAGCAGUGGCUACAAAUUCCCGGUGGCUAUCUCGGUUGUUAUCUCCGGCAUGUAUGAGGAUGAUGUUGAUCAAGCUGAAGAGGUUGUGUACACAGGUCAAGGUGGGAAUGAUCUGAAUGGCGGUAAGCGGCAAUUUCAGGAUCAGAAGCUGGAGAGGGGUAAUCUAGCAUUGCAGAACUGUGUUAAGCAAGGUGUGCCUGUUAGGGUGACUCGUGGUCUGAGAAUUGGGAAAGGGAAAAACUCUCCUAAAGUCUACAUAUAUGAUGGCUUAUACAUGGUUACCAAAGAUUGGAUUGAGAAGGGAAUUUCUGGAUUUACAGUCUACAAGUUUAAGCUGAAGAGGCUUCAGGGACAGCCUGAUCUAAGAACACAACAGGUUUAUUUCACCAAUGGGCGUGCACCUCAAUCUGUGACACAGAUACGAGGAUUGGUCUGUGAAGAUAUAACUGGAGGUCAGGAAAAGAUUCCUAUUCCUGCUACAAAUUUGGUUGAUGAUCCUCCUGUUCCACCAACAGGUUUCACUUAUCUCAAGUCUCUGAGGCUUGCGAAGAAUGUGAAGCUUCCUCCCCCGACUGCGGCCGGAUGCAAUUGCAAAGGCAAUUGUGCUGAGUCAACUACCUGUGAAUGUGCAAUGCGUAACGGGGGUGAUAUAACCUAUGUGUCUAAGGAGGGUGGCAGGUUGGUGGAAGCCAAGGAUGUUGUCUUUGAGUGUGGUCCCAAUUGUGGUUGUGGUCCCAAUUGUCUCAACAGGACUUCUCAAAAUGGCAUCAAAUAUCGUCUUGAGGUUUUCCGCACGGCAAAGAAAGGUUGGGCUGUUCGAUCCUGGGAUUACAUACCUUCUGGAGCACCAAUUUGUGAGUACACUGGAGUACUUGCAAGGACUGAAGAUAUAGACCGUGUGGAGGAAAACAGUUAUAUUUUUGAGAUUGAUUGCUUGCAAACAAUCAAAGAGAUUGGUGUAAGAGAGAGGCGGUCAAAGAAUGCUGCAGCUGCAGUUCCUGCAAACCUUUUGGAUGACCAAGGUUCUGAUAAUGGCCCGGAGUUUUGUAUUGAUGCAGCUUCGACCGGAAAUAUUUCUAGGUUCAUUAACCACUGCUGUGAACCUAACCUGUUUGUUCAAUGUGUUUUGAGCACACACCAUGAUUUGAGAUUGGCUAAAGUGAUGCUUUUUGCUGCUGACAACAUAGCCCCUUUGCAGGAGCUGACAUAUGACUAUGGCUAUGAGCUUGAUAGUGUCAUGGGCCCUGACGGCAAGAUAGUGCAGAUGCCAUGCUAUUGUGGAGCCCCAAACUGCAGGAAGCGAUUGUAUUAAAUCUCAAUUUUCUCUUUUUUUGAUAUAAGUUGUGUACUUGAUGCAAAGCUAGGUUGCAGCUUUGCAUAUUUUUUGUUGCUCAUCAAAACUUUGGGUCUCAUUUCCCCUUUUUUGAUAUAAGUUGUGGACUUCAUGCAAAGCUAGAUUGCAGCUUUGCAUAUUUUUUGUUGUUCAUCAAAACUUUGGGUCACCUUAAACUUGAGGUGCAAAUAAAGGAAUGAAGAAGCUACAUUGAUGAAUUGAUUACAGAA